CUAUGCGUCGACAACCAAGUGGCCAUUCUAGCCACGCAGUCCUUUAGAACCAACCCGGGUCAUUACCUUAUGGAUAUGUUCCAUAGAAACCUCGAACCCGCGCUAAUCAAACGAGACGAGGACCACAUAACGAUCCACUGGACCCCAGGACAUGUGGACAUAGAAGGGAACGAGUCAGCCGACAUUGAAGCCAAGAAAGCGGCA